UAAAAGGUCAGAGCAGUCAGGAUGCAGAUGCAGCAGCAGCAGCAGCCUCUUCACUCUCACACCGUCAACUUGAGUCAGGAUCCAUUACGCAGUAGGAUGAAGUUGAUCAUUGACGCUGACACUGGCGUGGACGACGCUCAGGCCAUCAUGGUGGCCCUGUCCUCCCCUGACGUGGAGGUUCUGGCCAUCACCUGUUGCCAUGGCAACACACCCCUGGAGAACGUCCUGAAGAACACGCUGCGUGUGCUCAAAGUCUGCAACAGGCUGGACAUCCCAGUGUAUAAGGGCUGCUCAGGCCCCCUGCUGGCCGAGAAGAAAAACGCAGGAGAUUACCACGGGAAAGACGGACUGGGUGACGUUCCAGAUCCAGAUGCUCCAAGUCUGGACCUGCUGCAGAAGAGGAGAGGCGCCAAAGCCAUUAUCAAGAUUGUGAAGGACAAUCCUGGAGAGGUGACUCUCGUUGCCUUGGCGCCGCUCACUAACCUGGCUGUGGCAGUACAACUGGACCCUACCUUUCCUAAGAAACUGAAGGCGCUCUACAUCAUGGGAGGAAACGUGGACUCCAGAGGAAACACUACAUCGUGUGGAGAAUUUAACUUUGUGACCGAUCCGGAGGCGGCCUACAUCGUGUUGGACCGCUACAAGUGUCCCACCUACAUCGCCUCCUGGGAGUUCACCUGCAGGAAUAGUCUGCCAUGGUCUUUUUGUGACGAGUGGUUGGCUGCCAAAACGGAGAAGGCUGUCUUCAUGAAGAAGAUCUCUGCCCUCUCCAUGUCGAAAGCUCGGUCAGCCGACUACGAAAAGGAAGUGACCGAAGGAAAAGGGUUUAAUACGUGCGACACCUACGCCAUGGCUGCAGCCAUCGACGACUCCAUCAUAACAGAGAGAGAAAAGGUGGCAGUGACGGUGGAGUUGCAGGGAACCUUCACCCGAGGCAUGAUGGUGCUGGACUACAUGGAGCUGAUGAAGAAAGACCACAAGGUCACCAUCAUGCAGAAGUUUGACCUGGAGAAGUUCAAGAAAAUGCUGGUCAAUUCGACCAAGUAGAGCGACGGCCGCAACAAGCUGGAGACGAGAAACUACAGCGUCACAAAUACAGUCAAAAAAUAAGUAUUUUCAGUUUUGGAUUUGUUUUUAAUUGUACUUUGUGUGUCUCAGCUUUUCGUGGAUUCAGGACAAAACGUCCAAACCUGAUUCAAAACUGUGUCAAAGGGUGUUAUAAACACAAAUCACCAAAUACUGACAAUAUAUAAAAGAAUAAAGUCUGUCUUUGACAAUAAA